CAACGCGCUGCGGAGCAGGAGAAACACCACAAACGAAGAAGGUUCAGGAAGUGUAAGGUCGAUUGUCAGCGUGAACGGAGAGGGAUUAUUAAUCAGAUGGAAGGUCAGUUAGGUGACAUCACGGUGACCUCAACAAACAGGAAGUGCUCUGCUGUCACGGGAACCGCCCGAAAGAUCAAAGAUAAUGCAGCCGACUGGCAUAACCUGAUGCUGAGGUGGGAAAGACUCAACGAGGACGGAUUCAACGUUGCAGCAAACAUCGUUAAUGUGAGACUUUCUCAGAGCAAUCAGCAGCAGCUGGUAGACGAGUCUUCACCUUCCUCUCCUUUCUCACCUCCGUCAACUUUGUCAGCUCCGUCAGCUCCUACAGAUCGAGCUGCAGAGCUGCAGGACGAAUGCUGCAAACUUCAGGACAUCAUUGACAAAAUGGUCAUUGUGGUGAUGAAGAUGGAGCAUCUGAUGACAUCACAGCGAGGUAUUCAGGAUCUGGAGGAAUUUCAGUUUGGACCCAAUGGCAGAAAGUUUCCUCUAUUUCACACCUGGAACACCAAACAGUUUGAGUCGUCAUCUGGUGUCCUGUGGGAAGCCUUCAGUCAGGAGCUGAAGUUGAAGCAGACAAUCCUGCAGGAACUCGCCCACACUGCAAACUCUGACCUCUGCAUGGUCUACCUGUCCUGCUGGCUGCACCAGCCCUUCAACCCCCCCCAGACCAGACUGACCCUGGAGGCUCUGUUGCUGGAGACUGGACACCGCCCACUGUGAUGUCAUCUGUCCCACUGAGUCAUGUGAUCAGUGUUUGGGUCAUCUCUGAGAGUCCAGGUGUUAGCCUAACUUAGCACAAAGCGUUGGCAGAGGGGGAAAUUCCCAGCCAAGCUGUCUGAUUAACAUUUCUGGUUUAUUAAACAUGUGUAGAAACAGAAGCAGGUAAGCUCAGGUGAGUUCACCUGCGGCCUGGACUUUUACUCUUUGAUGUCCACCAAACAUUUGAGCUGAGCUUCUCCCUUCUCUCUGUUAUCUUUACUAUCCAGGUCUGUUUCGGUCAGAGCAGCUCGAGUCUCUGAAGUCUGAAAUUAACUGUGAAUGUGGAUAAAUGGCUUUUUAUUAAAGAGCUGCUACUCACUUCAACAUGUUUUUGGAGAAGUAAAAUAAAUUAUAUGAAUGUACUGUCAUGAAACACAUCA